GCCAUUGGUCUAUAUCGACUACACCAUGGAGCUCAUCCUCUUCGCAAUUCUUUUCGGCGCCGCAGUGGCUGCACCCCAAAGAGGCUAUGAAGACGAUGAUAAGAUCAUUGGGGGCUACGAAUGCCCGGCUCACUCCCAGCCUUGGCAAGUCUUCCUCACUUACGGGGCCGGCUACCGAUGGUGUGGCGCAUCCUUGAUCAAUGACCGUUGGAUCAUUUCGGCCGCUCAUUGCUACAAAAACCCUCGCACACUCGUUGCACACUUGGGUGAGCAUGACACCAACAGCGAGGAGGGCACUGAGCAGCACAUCCAGGUGGAGAAGGCCAUCCCGCACCCCCAGUACAACUCCCGCAACAUCGACAAUGACUUCAUGCUCAUCAAGUUGGCCCAACCAGUCAGCUUCAAUGCCUUUGUGCAACCCAUUGACAUUUCACCAACCUGCCCAAUCGCUGGCACCCAAUGCAUCGUCUCCGGAUGGGGCAAUCUGCAGACAGCAGGCGUUGAGUAUCCGGAUGCCUUGCAAUGCCUGGAUGUGCCCAUCCUAUCGGAGUCCACCUGUCAUGCCGCCUAUCCAGGACGCAUCACUUCGAACAUGUUCUGCGCCGGAUACACCGAAGGUGGCAAAGACUCCUGCCAGGGAGACUCCGGAGGACCGUUGGUGUGCAAUGGAAAACUGACCGGCGUGGUGUCCUGGGGCAUCGGAUGUGCCCAGAAAGGCUACCCCGGCGUGUACACUCCAGUGUGCAACUACAAAGCCUGGAUAGAGGAAGUGCUGGCCAACAACUGAGGUUAACAUCGUCGGGGUUUCAAGGCACCCCAUUUUCCCCAAGAGAAAGACCCAUUUCGCUGGAAAGAAACAAAGCUCUCAUUGAAAAUAAAGAAGGGGAAAGUGUA